UUCCGAUAUUACAAGGAAGUCUCGUGAUGUAAAUAGGAAGGAAGAUUUUCCUUUUGGAAAAGAGUUCACGUCAGAGAGAAUGAGCGAGGUCACUGGGGACUCAGACGUGGCAACCUCAGCAACUCAUUCCAAGUCGGACACACAUCUUCAGAAUGGUGUAGUGAAAGGACAUGAGAAACAGUUAAGUCAAGCUAAUGGCCAAGCAACUGUGUACACAAAUGGUCAUGAUGUCAGCCCAGAGGAGAAAGGCAAGGAGAAAGAGAAAACAAGAGCUCCUUUGUUAAGUCAGGGCAGCAGUUAUAAGUCUGAGGACACUCCAACAAAUGCUGACACAACCAUUUUAUCAGCUUUGAGUGAAAAUGCCAAAAAUGUCCGACGGGAGAAGAAACCGAGUGAUGGAGAUAGUGCCGAUUAUGACACUCAGUCUGACUCCAUUGAAACUUUGGAGGAAGAGAGCUCACACGAGGACACAGUUAAUGACUUAAGUGACUCCCAGCGCCAGAUGUCACUUACCAACAAUGAUGAAGAGUCGGAUGAAGUUUCAGAAACUGAUAUAAGGGAAACCCAAGAUGAUUAUCUUACCCUUAAUGGUGUGUUGCGUCCAGAUAGUCUUUCAUUGCCGAGACCACUGCAGCAGGUGGAGCGCGGCCGAAGCAGAAGCGACGUUCAGAUCAGAUCGGUCAGCUGUGACCCUAGGGGUCAGUCAGAGCGAGGAAGGACACAAAGUGAAAUUAUUGACAUUAACUCAGUGCUGAGGCGGACAGACGGUUUUGGUUCGGAUGAGUACCUGUCCAAGAGUCUGCCUCAGGGAACUAUCAUGAGAAAGGGUGAGAUGAUAGAGUUCGUGGCAGAAGAUCUUCAGGAAAAAAUCCGAAGAAGUAGUCCGUUGUCUAGAACAGACUCAAGUUGCUACAGUAGCAGACGGUCCAGUUUACGGAGUGUAUCCAGUUCUACAUCUGUGUCCACUUCAAUGGCCACUUCCACAGCAUCAGGAAUGUCCCGGUCACCCAGCAGUCUGUUCCAGCAGAGUCCAGAUGACAUUCCCCCAAUUGACCCUCAAGCUGUCCUUGAACUUGAGAAUCAGGCCCAUCUUGUUGCGGAUAGCGUUGACCUGAUGAUGGGAAACUUGAAAGCAAAUCUCCACAAGAUGUCGUCAAUCACAAUUGGCUGUCUUGAUGCAUACCGGAAAUCGGUGGACGUCACGUGUGAGUCAGUAGAUGGGAGUAUUAAGUCGAUGAACGCGCUCAUGGCCAAGUGUGAGGAACUCAGUAAAAACAUGCAGCCAGUCUACAAGCUGGCAGAAAAAAUAAAAGAGAUAAAGCGGCUUCUGGAUCUGUUUGAAGCCCAGCUUGCCGACAAGACAUGAAGACCACCACCGCCAGCAGUGACGUUGUCAGCUGCAUGAAAGAAUCAACCAUUUUUCAUGGCCUUCUUCUGGUUUCCCUGAUUGACGUCAGCAGACAUCAUUAACACACAUAAUACACCUAAAUUCCAGUAACUAGUAAAAGAGAUGACAGUUGUAGUGAGACAGAAUUAGAAAUGAUUCUAAGAGUUUGAAGUUUGAAGAUAUAUUGAUACUUAAUUUGGUUGAAGAUGUGUGUGUUCAGUUGCAGUGACCAUGAUGGCAAGGGAGGUAACUUCAGUUACAUAGUUACCUCCCUUGGUUGUCAACAUCCAAAGCCCUUAUUUCCAAAAAAACCCAGUAGUAUCAGCUCUCUCAGAUUUCCCAGCUCUGAAUUAUCAGGUGAAGAAGGACUUAAUUUGGUGUGCAUAUCCUCAGCCAACAAGUUAAUUAUGCCUUUGAAGGUCACUGAAACAUAAUUGGCUCUUUGAUUCAGCAAAUAUAUAUUUAGUAUGUGUAUUUUAUGGUGUGUAAACUUCAGGUGUAUUCUACACUCUCUGUGAUCAAUGUAACCAUAAUAGCAAGGUUAAAACAGCUUAUCAGGACAUGAAAGUUGCAAUCUUCAUAAUGAAACAGACAUAUAUUCAGCUAUGGUAUCUCAGGUGUACAUAUGAAUAGAUGUCUGCGAUUUACCUUAGCCAAACUACACUUCCAGGUCUUUUUGUGUAUUGAUUGUAUCUGUGAAGAGCUUGUGCAGUGUACUUAAUGGUAGGUUUGUUAAAACAUGUUGAAUGAGAUUACACAGGUAGGAUGGUGGCAGAGGGGAAUUUGGAAAUGGCUUCCAUGCAAAAACAUACAAUUGGUUCUGAAUUUGUACAUCUUUUGUACAUGUUACACGACAUUAACUAAGAAUAUGCCCGCCCUCAACACUGAUUCACAAAAUAUGUGAAGAUGGUUUCUGUUAUGAAAUGCUAUACUUUGACAUGUGAAUUACCCUGUGCUAGUAUUGACUUCAUCCAUUCAUGGUUUGCAAGACAUUUGGUUAUUUGGAAACUGGGAAGGGGUUUAACACUGCCCUGUGUGAUAACAGGAGUCCUACUUACUGAACUUUGCCCUUACAAUUCUGUACUUACCCCUCCAAAAGUAGCUUUUGUAGUGCUGGGAGACAAAUUCUCAGCUUAUCAAAGUGUUAUCAAGGUUGCAGUGUUAUCAUGAACUCUGGCGGAUAGCCCUGGAAGUGUAGAAUUGUAUGGUUUACUUGUGACGUCCACAGUGUCUAGGGCUGUUUCAUGGAGGUACAAUGUCAAGAGCUGCUUCACAGAGCCACAUUGUCAAGAGCUGCUUCACAGUGCCACAAAGUCAAGAGCUGCUUCAGUGCCACAAUGUCAAGAGCUGCUCCACAGUGCCACAAUGUCAAGAGCUGCUUCACAGUGCCACAAUGUCAAGAGCUGCUCCACAGUGCCACAAUGUCAAGAGCUGCUUCACAGUGCCACAAUGUCAAGAGCUGCUUCACAGUGCCACAAUGUCAAGAGCUGCUUCAGUGCCACAAAGUCAAGAGCUUCUUCACAGAGCCACAAUGUCAAGAGCUGCUUCACAGUGCCACAAAGUCAAGAGCUGCUUCACAGUUCUUAAAAGUCUAUACAUAUAUAUUCAAAUAUGCAGGUCUUGGAUAACUUACAGCUACUAUGAAUAUUAAUUACCCUAACACCAGACUAUUCUUCUUAUUGUUAUUAUUGGUAAUAACUAUACAGAUAUGUUUGUGAGUAUUUCUGUGACACGUUAACACUUUCCCUUGAUUAAAUGUAGAAAUAUACUCGAGUUAAGACUUUUCCAAAAAUCAAAACUCUUCCGUCAUUUCAAAGAUUAUAUAACAAUCAUUUGUAGACUUAUUUGAUGAGAUGUACGAUUAUCAUUAUCCAUGAUUAUCCAGAGUGUAAUAUCUCCAGUGCAGUUGGAUUUAUUUUCUAUUCCUAUUGAUUACCUGGUUUUUUUUGUGCUGGGUUAAAAAAAUAUAGUGCUUAAACUAGUCCUACACUUGAAUUAAAAAUAUAUCUCAAGAUUGAAAGGAACAAUAAGAACUAUACUUUACUCACAUUGUGUGACGUCUCGAAUACAUAUUGGGACAUCUUGCAUCAUAAGGACUUCUCUCCAAGUUGUGGGGCGGGAGGGUAGCCUAGUGAUUAAGGCGUUUGCUCAUAACCUGGGUUCGAUUCCCCACAUGGAUUCAAUGUGUGAAGCCCCUUUCUGGUGUCCCCCUGCCAUGAUAUUGCUGGAAUAUUGCUAAAAGCAGCAUAAAACUAAACUCACUCACUCACUCACUCCAUGUUGAUAUAUAAUGCACAUGAACAGUUUUAUGCGAAUAGCAAGUAAAUAUAGAUUAUGUUUCCCUUGUAUAAAAAUGCUGUUUUGUGACACCACACAUGAAAAUGAAGCUAUUUCUCCAGGGUAUUUAUAGUAUGGUGAUAAACUACCCUGGAUUAAAGAGGAUGGUAUGUUAUGGUUCUCCACAACCCUGUACAUAGAAACUCAACAAAUAUCUCCAUCAUGCGAUGACUAGGAGGGUGAUAAGCACAAUAUUUCUGUAUCAUACAUGUUAUAAUAAUAAUACUUCAUAGCCAACAUUCCAUUUGUAACCUUUUCAUCACAUUGUACAUAAUUAAAAAAAUGGAUUUUCAAAUCUGCUUUUAGUCUUUGAAUCCGUUGACAGUAAUUUUGUAAUCAUACCAGGGAUUUAUCUAUACCUGCUGAGAGACCAAUGCCUACAGAAAUUGUCUGUAAAAAUUCCUGUGUAAGUGUAAAAAGUUCUUAUUUCAUGUACAUAUAAUUAUAAAUAAUGUGAUGGCUUGGUCAAGGUGACGUUAUUUACUUUAUUCAGCUGAAAAUAAGACUAAAAGAGAGGAAGAGGCUCAAUUUUACGUCGUUGUAGUGAAUGCAUGCAAUGUUAAAAUAUCUCUGAAAAGAAGAAACUAUAAAUUUUACAAACUUCCAAUUUUCUCAAAUUGCCCGACCAUGGCACUUAGCUUGGAACCCAGGAUGAAUUCCUCUAUUAUAGUAUGUGAAGAAUGUGAUUUUUCAAUUAUAAUGGAACUGUCGACUUCAGAAUGAAUUCACAUGCAGUAAUGUUUAAUAUGUUGAAUGUCAUAUAUUACAUUAUAAGUAAAUUGCUUUUACCCAUAAGCGAAAUCUUGGCAUUUAUCGUGCUGCUAGUUAUAAGCAUUUACAGUCAUUACAUGUUAUAUAUGUCAAUUAUGAAUUCAUUUCAUACUCUAUCUAAAGCUAUGCUAAUUUCUUUGUCUUAAGCAUAGUAUUUAAAAUAUGCCCAAGUACUGUUACUUGUCAUGAGUUGAAAAGUUUGGAUUGGAUGAUCAGAUUCAGUGUCUUGGUUCACGUGUCAGAUCUUGGGAAGCCAUUGGACAGUGCUCACAUCAACAGCUUAGUUUUCUGACCUUGACUGUAUUAUUUCAGGCUGCUGUGAUAUAGUUUGAACGUUGCUGACUGCAGCUGACCAAUGAUUAUGCAGAUUUGUCAGUGUUUAUCGAUGAUAUAGGAAUGAUUUGUAUGUGAGAGAGAAGACUAUCUUUAACAGCAACAGCCAAGUGAUGGUGAUUCAAUCAACUAUCAGUUCUGUUUCGGCAUCAGGUAGUCAGACUUGCUGAUUUGGUUGAAGCAUGCCAUAUCAUAAUGGCAAAAACUGAUGCUCAUGAUGUCAGUCACUGGAUUGUUUAGUCAAGACUUGUUUACAGCUUGCCGUCAUAUAGCUAAGUGCAGCAUUGAACAAACAAGCAAAUGUUUUAUCUGACAUGUGACAACUGAAAUACUGUUCAAUAUGAAGCCCAACUGCUUUACCCAUUGAGCCAACCUACAGGUGGUUUGAAUGCAUGACCAAGUUGGUGUUCUUUUGUAUCUAAAGGUCUUCAGUGUGAUGUCACAACUGCUUUACCUACUGAGCCCACCAACAGGAAGUGUUCAGACUACGUCACCAUGCUGUUGGGGUUCCAUGAUCCUCAAGCUCAUGCUUUCAACCACUGGUUUCGCUAGUCCAGACUUGAACACCGACUGCAGUAAUCCAGUUGCUAAGAGCUAAUGCAAUUGCCUAGUCAUAUUUUAAGUGCUUGAAAGUAGACUCAAAUAUAACCUUAAAUGUUAUGAUUAUGUACAUUUUUAUUUAUGUAUAUAAUCUUUCACUUUGUAAAUUAAUUUGGUUAUUUAUCAUUUCAUAUUGUAUCAGCAGUGAUGGUAAUUAGUAUGUCUUCAGUCCCGUGUCUUUUUAUACUUAGUUUAACAAGAUUCAAAAUGGUCUAUGUGCACACGAUACUCAUGCAUUGAUUGAGGCAAGUCAGUUAAUGUAUAGAUAUUAAUCACCUUAAGAUCAAUUUGUCAAACAGACCAGGGUGCCAUUGUACAAAGCAACCGUAGCGCUACGCCAGUCGUAAUCUAUGUUAAGGUAUGGGAGUUAUGAUCACCUUAGCACUAAGAUCGCCUUCUACAAUGGCACCCUGGGACACCAUUCGACAAAGCAAUCAUAGGGUUGUAAAUUGGUGAUAUAGAAUAAGAGUACUAAUCAUUCCCAUUCUUUCACACUGAUUGACAACAGGCAUAGCUCUAUGAUCAUUUUGUGGCACAGGUUUGUAUCAUUUCCCAACUAUUCAUUCACGAUAAAGUCAUUAUUCUAGUAAUUCUGUAUAUACCACAUAUCCUCUGCUAAGAAUUAAGACUAGCAGUAGAACAUGACAUAGAAAUUGUAUAAACUAUUUUAACAUUUAUGGGCAUCCUGUUAAUUUCUUGUACAUAUAUGGGCUCAGUGUGUUGCUGUCUACAAUGUAGGGACUGAUGUCAGUGUAAUCGGACUGAUGUCAUCUGGCAGUAUUUUGGAGCCUUCAGAGCGAGAACAAGAAUAUUUUAAACUCAAAACACUAAUGUAAGCCUGUUAGUGCAUUUUAUUUUUGAAGGAUUUGGUUGUGAACAGAUUGAGAUAUCUCUCCUGAUGCUCUGAUUUGGCUGUCAAGAAAGCAUUGCUGUGCAAUAAAUUUUCUUUGCAUGUGU